CAACUUUUUAUUUCCUCAAAACACACAAUAUUGCAAAACAAUUUUCUUUUCCUACGAGGUCGACCAUUUUUUCGACCGAUCCUUCAAACAGAAAUUUCUUCUUUUCUCGACUUUUUUUUUUUUUACAAUGCGGCGUGAUUUCUGACAAAAAGCGCGUUAUACGCGUGUGCAUUAACGCACCAACGCGAUGCAGUGAAAAAUUCCGAACGACUUUCUUCUCGGAGAUCGCGGAGUCAAUUGAACAGUCUUCUCCGAGUGGUCGGCGCGUUUGCGUCGUUCGUGGAAAAGCGAGACGGUCGCGAACGUUAUGACGAACGGCGCCAAAUGCAUCUCCUCGUCCGUCGCGGAUUGCGGCGACAAGGAUGUCAAACAACAGUUCUUCAAGGAGGAGACGAUGCGAAAGGCCAAGUCGAUCGCCGGACACGUCGGCCUUCUAAUCGCUCUGAUGCUCUAUACCGCGAUCGGAGGAUUGGUCUUCCGGCAGAUUGAACUUCCGGCGGAGCUCGAGCGGCUCGAGCGUUUGCGUGCGAAAUUACGCGCGCAACGAUACCGUUUUGUCGAGUCCGUCUUCAACAACACGGACGUCUCCAAUUUGCGAACUUUGGUGAGCGUGGAGCUACGCGACUACGAGGAAGCGGUUCAGGAGGCGGCGGAAGCGGGUCUUUUAGUUAGUUUCGUCGCGGACAUCAUCGUUCAGAACGAUCGGGCCGAAUCGACGAACCUACCGCCCGUCGUGACCGAGAGGUGGAGCGUUCUCCAAGCGAUUUUUUUCGCCAGCACCGUCCUCACCACGAUCGGAUAUGGAAACGUCGUGCCCUCCACCAACCUGGGAAAGAUCUUCUGCAUCCUCUUCGCUUUCGUCGGCAUACCCCUCACCCUCAUCGUGAUCGCUGAUCUGGGAAAACUGUUCGCUGAGGUUGUGGUGCAUAUCGCGCUCGUGGCGAAGUCGAAGCUUCCGUUUCGCGCCAGACUCUCGUGCAUUCCGACGAACGUAACCGGCCGACGAUCGCUCGGUGCGUGCGCCGCCAUCGCGCUGCUCUUUCUGUACCUCGCUUGCGGCGCCGGCAUGUUCAUGCUGUGGGAGGACGACUGGGAUUUCUUCGACGGGUUCUACUUCUGCUUCGUGACCAUGACCACCAUCGGCUUCGGUGACCUCGUGCCGAAGAAGCCCAAGUACACAUUGUUGUGUACGCUGUACAUCCUGGUCGGUCUGGCGCUGACCGGAACCAUAAUCGAACUGGUCAGACGACAAUACGCCCAGUCGUGGAGGAGGCUGCAACGACUGAGCGGUCCGUUGGCCGAAGCUCUCAGAAAACUCGGCGAGCAAGCGGGCGACGACAUGUCCGCAUUGCAUUCGGAUUUGAGGAAAGUACUGACGGUCAUAUCGAUGCCGCGCUUGAGGUGGUCCGCGUCCGUCGAUCGGGACGGAGUACCGAAGGAUCGCGAUUGGGAAGAAGCGAUUGAAGCGAUGCUACGCGACAUCGCCAGGUCCGCACCGCCGCCCAAAAAACCGAUCGUGCAGAUCGUUGUUUACGAAUCCAGCGUCUGAAACGUCUCUCUCGCUGCUCUUAAAGAAAAUGAAAAAAAAAAAAAAAAAAAAUAUCGCCGAGACACGAUAUUUCGGAUGAAACCAAGAAGAGAUUGAAAUAAACAAAUCGGCAAUAAAGAAUCUGGACUCUGUGUUGUCCAGUUAACUCUGUUGUCAAUUUAUUUAUUUCCAGGAAAAUAAAAUGUGCUAGUCGAAAUCUUGCGUCUCGUUGUUUUUUGU